AUGGCACAAUCUAACGAGACGGAGGGACUGUUGCCCCUUUGCCGGGAUGUCGUCUUCCCGGUCAAGGCCGUCAAGUCGAUCGAGGGCGAAUUCUCCCUAGAAAACUACGACCUCAACGUGCUCUUCGGCUGGGCAUCUAGGGAGGUUCUCCGCGACGGCGAGUACGAGAUCUCGGCACGCCUAUGCGAGCCCGCGUCGGGCAUCGAGCGCAAGGAGAUGCUGCAGCUCCUGAUCCACGGCGCGACCUUUAAUAAGGUCAUGUGGGAUUUUCCCUAUAAGCCAGAGACGUACAGCUGGACCCGGUUUAUGACGGCCGCGGGCUACACGACUCUGGCAAUAGACCUUGUGGGGAACGGAAACAGCUCCAAGCCCGACGGCCUCUUCGAAGCUCAAACAGGGACCUUCAUCCAAACAGUCCACCAGGUAAUCGAAACCAUUCGCGCCGAUGAGACCGCCCUCGGCCGUACUUUCGACAAGAUCGCCAUCGUCGGCUUCUCCAUCGGCGCUAUCGUCGCCAACUCCAUCGCCGACAGGUACCCUUCUGACGCAGACGCUAUUGUCCUCCUCGGUAUUACUUGGGACCUCGCAUGGAUCUAUCCUGCCUUCCUUACUGGCAUGCAAACCGCAGCAAAUCUGGUCGACCCGGAGCGCUGGGGCGACCUCGACGGCUGGUACCAGACGCAGCCGACGCGGGCGACGCGGCGGCUGGCCUGCUUCGCGGGCGACUUUGAAGAGGGCGCCGUGCAAACUGACUUUGAGACGCGUGAUAUCGACACCUUUGGUACGGCUGUUACCUUUACGUAUCAUCUUGUUACGGCUCCUCAGUAUGUGGGUCCAGUGUUCCUAGGGCUCGGGAAGGACGAUUCGACUUUCUGCCCGCGGACUUGUGGGAUCGAACCGUACAAGGUCUAUACUCAGUUCCCUAAGGCGAAGGAGCAUAUGGUCAAGGUGUAUCCGAACACGGGGCAUGCGCUGAUGUAUCAUCGUGUUGCUCCUGUCUUGUUCGCAGACUGCAGGGAAUUUUUGGACGCGUUUUGA